AUGUGGGGGAGUGAAACGGAGGACACUCAGGCGAUUACUGGGGCAGCCAGAAACGGAUUCUUGAAUAUCGUUAAAUGGUUGCACGAGAACACAUCGGAAGGAUGCAGCUCUUUGGAUCUGGAUGGAGCUGCUGAGAAUAGUCAUCUUGACGUUAUGCAAUGGCUGCUGCACCACAAUCGAGUGUCCGGUUGCAGCAUGAAUGCGAUGGAGAAUGCGGCUGCUAAAGGGUAUUUGGACAUUGUGCAGUGA